UUUCAUAGCGUUUUCGGCUGAAUAAACUGCGAGUGGGCAAUUCGCACCGUAUUGACGUCACAGAGUGCUCUCGAUUCUGAGAGAAAUCAAUCGCAGCCGAACACGCCUUUAACUUUGAGAGCGCGAAAUUUAUACUACUUAACCUCACAUAUAGUCACGUUAACCGCCGGAAAAGAUGGAAAAAUAUUGUAUAUUUUUAAAAAUUAACGAAGUUGAAUUUACUUUAUCACUGGACCAAGUAACAUUUAACAGUUUAACCGCUAAUCCCACUGACUUACUCCCUGAUUACAUCAAAGUUUUGCAAGAAAAUAAUGCUCUGCAAGAAAUUAAUGAAAUACGAACACUGGCUUUUUCACUUGACAAUAAAACCUUUCUGGAAAUAGGGAUUCAACCUCCGGAGCCACAAGAAGAUCGUGCUCCUGAACUAGAGAUGUGGGACGAACAAGCUACAAAAUUAUUACUUGACAAGUACGAAACGUACUUGCCACUAGUUGGCCCAUUAAGAAAGUUUAAGAAAAAAAAGCAGUUGUGGUCAGCUAUUUCUGAAGAUAUAAAGAAUAUUUUGAAUAUACAAAAAACGGCAGGGCAGUGCGAAAAUCGGUAUAAAACCGUUCUGAAAAGAAAAAAAAAUAUAAUAAAGACUAAUCGAACGUCUGGCGAAUCACCAAAACAUAAUCCAUAUGAAGAAGAGCUUUCAAGGAUUGCUGCCAUUGAUGAUUCUGUUGAACCACCUGUAAGGAUGGGUGUGGGAAAGUGUAUUAUUGUUGAUAAAAAUAACUGUGCCAACAAAACAGAAGAAUCACCAUCAUCAUCAAGAAGUGCAACACCAACAUUUCCAAGCCGAAAGAGACCCGUGAGUGAAGUCCUUAUGGAGAUUGCAAAAGAAAAAGAAGAGGGACGUAACCGGCGUCACAAGGAAAAAUUAGACUUGUUACGCAAUUUAGCCGAAAAAUUUUUCAACAAAACUGAUUAGUAUGUAACCAUAGGAAUUUAAAAA